ACAAGACAACUACGUCACUUCCGUUGUCCGCAUUGAUCGGGCUAGCCGUGCUUUUUAGCUAAGCUAGCUGGCAAUUUACUGUAUUUUUGUUUAAUAUGGUGGAUUUAAUCACUUUUAAAGAUGAACUUACGCUCAUUGUCAGUAACUUGGCAAAUGCCAUUGUGUCAGAGAUGUUUACCGCGGCAGAGAAAGUCUCUUUGAACAAACAAAAUCCCGAUGCGGAGGAAAGGCUCAGCACUCUGGUGGACAGUUUGUGUGUUGAAGCUGUUGAUAAAAUCUUGAAGGUGGAGCAGCUUGCUGCUGAGACUGCGAAGGGUUUAUUCAAGACCACAGAAGCAGAAAACAGCGGUGGUGAGCAACCUCCCACAGAGCAAACAUACAUCCUGGUGUACGGGACUGCUGCUGUCGACUCAAAGUGUGUUCUACUGUCACUGCAGAGUAAGACUAAUGCCAACGCAGGGGAAGAAAGGACUGAUGCUACAGGUGAAGCCACAAUACUGCACAGAGAGCUCGCCUCCGCCUCCCCUCCACCACAGGCUGAUGUCCCUGACCAUGAGUAUGCUCGGCCGUCCUCCCCACUGCCUGCCUCAGAUGUGGAGAGAAGCAUCUCUAAACGAGGAAGUAGGAGGCAGCUGCACAGCAAGCUUAAAAAAGUAACCAACACCCCUCAGACUGAAGAGACAACAGACACUCUCUCCCCGUGUGUGCAGUGUGGGAUGCUUUUUCCAAAUGCAGAACGACUUUCCGACCACCAGAGGAAGUCCCACCCAGUGUGCUCUGUGUGUGGGACAACUUUCACUGGCAUCCUGAAGCUUCAUGAACACGAGAUGAAGGAGCACGGGUUGCUGCCAUACGGUUGUGACUAUUGCCCAAAGAGGUUUAACCACAAACCUCACCUCAACCUGCACGUGAAAGCUCGGCACACCGGAGAGAAAACCUGCCACUGUGACAUCUGUGGGAAGGGUUACUCCUCCAUCAGCGUGCUUAAGACACACAGGAUUACACACUUUGAGAAGAAGUUCAUCUGUGAUGUCUGCGGAAGGAGCUUCUAUCAUGCCUGCCACCUGACUCGCCACAAACUGGUGCACCAGGGGGUCCGGCCAUACAAGUGCUCCACCUGCGGGAAGGGUUUCACCCAAGCUGCCAACCUACACAGCCACCAGGUGAUCCACACCGGGGAGAGGCAGCUUUGCUCCAUUUGCGGAAAAAGCUACCGCUGCCUGAAGAACCACGUCAUCAGCAAGCACUCGCAUGAACUCCCUGCUGACGAGCUGUCGGUCAGAGACACCAUCAUCACCUGCGAUGUGUGCGGCAAGAAGUUCCCUAACCUGUCGCAGUUCAAAGUUCACCAGAGGAUCCACACUGGGGAGAAACCAUUCCACUGUGACAUCUGUGGCAAGAGUUACCGUCUGAAAGAGCUGCUGAGGGACCACAGGUACACUCACACGGGGGAGAAACCGUACAGGUGUACCCACUGCUCCAAGACCUUCAACCUGGCCACCAGCUUCAUUAGACACCGCAGCAUCCACACCGGAGAGACACCAUACAGCUGUUUAGAAUGUGGGAAACACUUUCGCCUGCUCACCUUCCUGAAGGCUCACCUGCAGACCAAAGCUCACCUGAAGCAGAUGCAGAAGAAGCACAAUGGCACCUCUGACCUUAAGGUUACAGUGUCAUAAUGUGGGCACAUGUAUUUGGACAGCUGAACAUUAUUUUGUCCGUAUGUGGGAUUGCAACAUGUGUCACCAAUAUUAAUCAAUAACCAUCAGAUUAUCCACCACAAGGGUUUGCUCUUGCGCCGACAUUGUGGCAUCAAUGAAGUCCAGAACUGAUGCUGGUUAUAAGGUCUGGCUCUCAGUUUGGGUCCCAGAUUAUCCACAAAAUGUGGGAUGUGGCCAAAGUCGAGCCUUUCUGCAUUGAUUGGCAAAACUGUUUCUGGUAGCGCUUAGUGUCAAACAGAAUUCUGCUUCCUUAUCUUUUUCUGCUGGCAGUAAGACUAAAACAGGACACGGAGCACUGCUGUGUUACAGUGUAGCAAGACUAAGGUCUGUACCUAGAUCUAUUUAACCAGUGUUUUAAACUCUAUGUCCUCCUGCAGGCCUGGUGUUAGACAUUAAAUAAAAGGCUUCAAACUAAA